AUGAAAAUACUCGUAAUCGGUGAUAUAUUUGGCAAAACUGGUCGCCAAGUUAUUAAAAAUUACCUACCCCCUUUAAAAGAAAGAUAUCAAAUUGACCUAACUAUUGCUAAUGUAGAGAAUGCUACUCAUGGUAAAGGAAUAUCCGCUAAGCAUUAUCGGGAAUUAAAAGGCACGGGCGUUGAAAUAAUGACAUCAGGUAAUCAUAUUUUUGCUUGUGAAGAAACCCAAAAACUUAUUAGAGAAGUAUCAGAUUUAUUAAGACCCCUCAAUGCUAAUCCUUAUCAUCCUGGUUCGGGAACUAUUUUAAUAAAUGUCAAAAAUAAAAGAGUUCGUAUUACCAAUCUAAUCGGAACUGCUUUUAUGCCAACUGCCGCUGAAAACCCUUAUUUGGUUUUGGAAAAAUUAUUAGAAUUAAAAGACAGUGAUAUUCAUUUAGUAGAUUUUCAUGCCGAAGCCACCGCCGAAAAAAUUGCUUUGGCUUGGCAUUACGACGGAAAAAUUAGUGCUCUGUGGGGAACUCAUACUCAUGUCCAAACCGCCGACGAACGGAUUUUACCCCACGGAACAGCCUUUAUUACUGAUUUAGGCAUGACGGGACCUUAUGGGGGGGUUAUUGGGGCUAAACCCGAAGUAAUUAUCCAACGAGCCAAGUAUGGCUUACCAGCGAAAAUGGCUCCCUAUGAGGACAAAGGGCAAUUUAACGGAGUUAUUUACGAGUUUGACGAUAUUACGAAUAAAGUAAAUAAGAAAGAGAAACAAGCCCCGCUAAUUCCUAAUCCGCCUUCUCCGGAGAAGAAUGACGCUUGUCCUUAUAAUGAAAGUAGUCUAGCUAUUUAUUCAAAAAGUGAAGGCAAUAUGAGAGCUCGCGAAGAGGAAUUAAAAAAAUGA